AUGGCUUCCGAGGCUCCCAAGGACCUGCCCGUCCGACCUGCCGCCGAAUCUCAGGCUGCCCCGCCAAAUGCGAAAUCCAAAGCUCCCGAGCCUGACGUUCUCCCUGAGUGGAUGAUCGAACGUAACCGGCUCUUCGAAGAGCUGUGGCAACGGCACCUCGAAGAAACGAAGAACCGUCCUCACCCUGAUAUCAAUGUCACUCUCGAUAUCGGCGACGGUAAACCCUACUCUGUCUCCGCUAAGGCAUUUGAGACCACUCCGGGAUCUCUGCUUCGAGAUGUCCCAAAGGAAUUCAGCGCCGAAGUCAUUGUUGCUAAAGUCAACGGUGAAUUAUGGGAUCUCAGCAGACCUCUCGAGAGCGACAGCAAUGUCCAAAUGAUCUCAUUCUCCCAGCCAGAAGGCCGUCAAGUCUUCUGGCAUUCAAGUGCGCACUGCCUGGGAGAAGUUUGUGAGGAAUGCUGGGGAGCAUUGCUUUCUCACGGACCUCCAACUAAUCAGGGCUAUUUUUACGACAUGAGCCUUCCUGGCGGCCGUGUCGUUACACACGCGGAUUGGCCUGGGCUUGAAAAGCGCUUGAACCGAGUCUAUAAGGAAAAACAAUCGUUUGAUCGUCUAGUCGUAUCCAAGAUUGACUUGAAGAAGAUGUUUGCAUACAGCAAAUACAAGCUCCACUACAUUGAUAAGCUGGUUACUGGUGAAUCUACCACUGUCUACAGAGUAAGUACUUAUAUUCACCCACCUCAAAUGCUUCCAGCAGUGAUUAUUAACACCCCUGUCGAAUGGUACAUUAGUCCUCACAUUGCUCAAACGGGCCGCAUUAAGGCAUCUCGUAUCCUUCAGAACUCGUCUGCCUACUUUUUAGGUGAUCAGACCAACGAUUCUCUGCAGCGAAUUCGUGGUGUUGCAUUCCCGGACAAGAAGGGCCUUGCGGACCAUAUGAAAUUCCUCGAGGAGGCCGAGAAAAGAAACCACCUGAAAAUCGGCAAGGAACAGGAACUGUUCUUCUUUGAUGAUGUGUCGCCGGGUUCGCCCUUCCUCCUUCCAAACGGGGUAAUCAUCUUUAACGCCAUCCAAAAACUUCUGCGAGAGGAAUAUCGCAAGCGUGGAUAUCAAGAAGUUCAAACCCCUAACAUGUUCUCCACCGAGCUUUGGAAGAAGAGUGGUCAUUGGGCUCACUACAAGGACGAUAUGUUCAAAUUGAACGUGGAGAAGGGUGAAUGGGCUCUUAAGCCUAUGAAUUGUCCUGCCCACUUUACCAUGUUUGGACACCGCGAUCGUAGCUACCGUGAGCUGCCAAUGCGCAUAGCAGACUUCGGUUUUCAGCAGGAUGAUACCCAUAUUUUCUGCACGCAAGAUCAAAUUUCCUCAGAAAUUGACGGACUUUUUGAUUUCUUGGACAAAAUCUACGGCUUGUUUGGUUUUACCUUCAAGCUGAAGCUGUCUACUCGCCCUGACAAGUACAUGGGUGAAUUGGAGACCUGGAACUACGCCGAGGAGCAACUUAAGCAGUGUAUGACUAAGUUCAAGGGCGAUGACUGGGUCAUUGAUGAAGGUGACGGUGCAUUCUACGGUCCUAAGAUCGAUAUCACCAUUGCCGAUGCUCUGCAGCGUGAAUUCCAGUGUGCUACUAUCCAGCUGGACUACCAGGCCCCAAUCAACUUUAACCUUCAGUACAUUACAAACGAGGCUAAGAGUGAGGCGCCGAAGGAUGGUGAAGCAGAGAAGACCAAGGCUGAUGGCCUUCCUUUCGGCCGAGCUCGACCAGUGGUCAUUCACAGAGCCAUUAUUGGCUCAUAUGAACGCUUCCUGGGAAUUUUGAUCGAGCAUUUUGGGGGCCGGUGGCCGUUUUGGAUUUCGCCUAAGCAAGUUCUUAUCGUGCCCGUAAUGCCUGCAGUUAACGACUACGUCGAGGAACUACGGAAGAUCUUCCAGGCUGACAAGUUGAGCGUGGACAUCGACAUCGGCCCCAACACUCUUCAGAAGAAGAUCCGAAAUGGACAGUUGGCCCAGUACAACUUUAUUCUGGUGGUGGGAGCCAAUGAGAAGGCUGAACGUGCAGUCAAUGUCCGAAACCGUGAUGAUCCAGCGACCCAGAAGCAGGGUGUCAUGAUUCCCCUUGACGAGGCACGCGCCAAGUUCAAGUCUUUGCGCAAGGAGCGCCGCUUGGAGAGCACUCUGUAA